UUCCAUGGUUGGGGUCAAUCUGUCUCAAAAAGCUGCUGGUUUUCUAAUGAAGAAAGAGCUGGAUUAUUUUGCUAAAGCUCUGGAGAGCCCAGAACACCCCUUUUUGGCAAUCCUUGGAGGAGCUAAGGUUCAGGAUAAGAUUCAGCUAAUCAAUAACAUGCUGGAUAAGGUCAAUGAGAUGAUUAUUGGUGGUGGAAUGGCCUUCACCUUCCUCAAAGUACUCAACAAUAUGGAGAUUGGCAACUCUUUGUUUGAUGAAGAAGGAUCAAAAAUAGUCAAAGACCUGAUGGCCAAAGCUGAGAAGAACGGUGUCCGUAUCACUUUGCCUGUCGACUUUAUCACUGCAGACAAAUUUGAUGAGAACGCUAACACUGGGGUAGCUACCUUGGCCUCUGGCAUCCCUGCAGGCUGGAUGGGAUUGGAUUGUGGCCCUGAAAGCACUAAGCUCUUUGUCGAAGCUGUGGGCAGAGCCAAGCAAAUUGUGUGGAACGGCCCAGUUGGUGUCUUUGAGUGGGAGAAGUUUGCCAAAGGAACCAAAGCCGUGAUGGAUAAAGUAGUGGAAGUUACCAGCAAAGGCUGCAUCACCAUUAUCGGUGGAGGAGACACUGCUACCUGCUGUGCUAAAUGGAAUACGGAAGAUAAAGUUAGCCAUGUUAGUACAGGAGGUGGAGCCAGUCUGGAACUUCUAGAAGGUAAAGUUCUUCCAGGUGUCGAUGCUCUGAGCAGCGUCUAAUGCGUAGAACGUGGGAUAAAUGAACACCCCUUAUCUGACUGUUCCUCUGCGCCAGCAUUUAAAGUAGAUACUGCACCAUCUUCAUAACUGUUCAAGCAGCAGAGCACAUGGUGUACACUGGAAGCAAGCGGAAUCAGGCUCUGUUCUGUAAAGAUGACUGUUUACAUAAUGCUGAUUUGUCUGUUGCUAUCUCAUCUGACUUACUGUGUUGCUAAAGCAGCUUCUGUUAUUUUCACAGUGUACAUAUCCAUAUUUUAGCCUUUUAAAACAGGUGGUUCCCUGAUGUCAGAUUUUCAAAACCAUCAGUUUGCUUCUGUGGUACUUUAGCUGCUUCACACAAUCCACAAGCAGGCAAAGAACAUACAUUUCAGGAUAUGAAUGUAAGCUUUCAAAUAAAUGUUUAAGUGUGAGUAGAAAUA